AUGGCCCCGCCGCGCUCCUGCUAUCGCGUCACCACCACCGCCACUAGCCUUGGGCCCGGAAGAUGGCUCUUCGGUUUUCGCACGCGUCAGCCCAACCAGAUCGGUGCUCCGGACUUCGAUCGUUGCGGAGGUGGAUUAAGCGCCGGGGAAGGGCGUGCUGCAAAAUCCCCUCCUAUUUGUGAAAGUACAUUGAGAUAUCAGGGAUUGAUUCAGGACUUUUGA